CAUUGCACAGGCCCAUUUAUUCUAUCCUAGAGCAAGAAGGCCUAGUAGUCCUCAAUCGAAUCAUGAACACAGAACGCCAUCCAAUAUAAAUAAUUCAACACUUACAAAUGGUAUAAUGGAUUCUGUAAGAACGAAUUCGAUACCACGUAGUGGUAGCACUGAACAACAUAGUUCUUCCCGUCGCUCCAUGAGUAAUACCAGACGUGUAUAUUUCAGUUCACCACUGGAAACUACAAACAAUGCCGAGGAGCGCUUUAAUUUAGUAAAUGGAUUUCAAAAUCAUUGUAAUGGGCAAAACACAGAUGAAUCAUCUCCUGAGGCAAUUAAUGAAGGGUUGUCUAAUGAAGUUCAGCUGGUUAAUGCGGACGACCCUGGCAAGCAAGAUUCUGAUUUUGAAGAUAUUAUACAUAACGAUGCAACGCAUUUAGGUGUAUCAGUAAUAACAUUGGGUCCGAGAUUAAUAUUGGAUGACGAAGAUGAUGGAGAAUCCUCUGUUAGACACGCUCAUUUAAUAACCCAGGGCAAUAUUGAAGAUGUUAUGGAACACGAUGCCUGCAUAUUACCGGGUAUGGAGGACAUUGACGCUAAAGUAUAUCCACAUGUUUCUGUAUUAGAGGAUGACCAAGAAACAACAGUAUCACCGGUUGUGGAUGGAAAUAUGGAAGCGUGCCUAGACAGUAUUUAUGACUUUCCACCGGAAAGGGAUGGGCCCGAGAUGGCUGAAACUAAUAUUGCUGAGGAUUCUUUAAUAGACCGAAGCUGGGAGAAUGGAGAAACAUCUGAAGAUGGAUUCGAUAACACAUGCUCGGUUAAGCCGGUAGUAGCAUUUGGCGGUAACGAGGUCACCUCAGUUGAUGGUAACUCCUUGGCGAUAUACCAGAACUUGAAUGAUAGCGAUAGCAUAGGAGUAAUCAACAAGGCUGACCGUGGAAUGGUUACUAGCCAGGUAGACUCUAGCAGUGACUACAAAACAGCAAUUGAUUACGAUGAAUGCAGCUAUAAUAAUGCAGCAACUGUUAUAAAUAUUGUGGAAUGCGACUAUAUCUCCCAGGAUCAAAUGAAAUCCUUGACAGAGUCGCAUAAGGAUGCGGUGCGAUACAUGAAGACCAGGGAAAUGAAUAGAUACUAUACCUUGGAUAUCCAUAGUUGCUCAUGGGUCACCUGCGCUGUUAAUAGUUUGGUGUUUAUUAGUCUAGUGUCGACCACACUGCUUCUAUCACAUAUCCUUAAACAGAUUUACGCGCAGCCGGAGUUUGCCAUUCACGAAAGUAUUGGUGAUGCUAUAUGCGAGGUCGCAUUAAUGGAUUUGUGCAUAUCCAUUUCAUUGCUGGCUGGUACUUUGGUCAACUUAUACUGCUUCGGCAGUCACUCGAUAUAUUACAGGAUGGUUGUGACCACUCUAGGGCUAUUUGUACUUUUCGCUAUCAUCGUUGUAGAGUACCUGUUAUCGUUGUUCCACGUUAUAGGAAAUGAUAAAAACAUAGCUUCCCAUAUGGGUUGGUUUUUGGACCUCCAUUACAACAUAUGCAUUGGUCGAUUUUGCUCAUACAAUCUAGUGUCACUCCUGUAUAAGGUGGUCCUUGCAUUCUUCAAUAUAUGGAUCUUGUUUAACCGGUUCAUAUUGCCACAUUUACUUGUGAGAUUUGCCGAAGCCGAUAGUCGUAGAAUAAAGGUGGCGUCCAUUGAUAGAUGUAACAUAGCAGUGCCUAACCACCCCGUCUUCUCUGAUCGCCAUGGCACAACUUCAGUUGUAGGUUACAUUGUAAAUUUCGACUACAUGGGUGAUCUUGGGUUUUUAUGGAAAGCAAUAGCGAAUAUACUGGGACUUUCGACUAGGAAUGCUCACCCAUCAGGAAUGAUUUAUCAAUACGUAGGCCAACUAAAUAAGGAUCUUCGGCCGCAUGGUUAUGGUUUGUGGCAAGGAGCAAGCUCUUAUGGCGAAGUUCUCAUAGGUUAUUGGGAACAUGGAUUACCCUUGGGCACGUUCAAAAGUAUGGAAUAUAAAACGCGUUCAACAUCUAGCCAGAUAAUGAUGGGAUGGGUGAAGUGCCCCCUUGGGGGAGGUAUUACUAUGGGAGUUGCAGCUGUCGAAAUGUGCACGAAAAACAACGGAUACCAUUUAUUACCAAGGGUAACUAAAUAUAGAGCUGAGAUAUUCGACGAGGAUACCGUAAGUGAAGGAGUGAUUAAGGAAGCUGGGACCCUGGAAGAGAUAUCAGAUAUUGGUGUAGAGUACCCUCAAAACGAUGAUGUCAUCCUUCGGUUAUAUAAAGUCUAUAGAAAUCUGGUUCCGUUUGAUUUCGGCGAUUGUAGCGCGUAUCUGCGCGAUUGUAAGAAAAGGAAUGGUGUAUUCGGAAACUUCAAGUCACGGUUGUGUAAUAUGUUGACCAACAGGCCGGGUGUCACCCAACUUGGCCGAGUAUUUAAAUCGAUUUUUAAAACAUUGGAACACAACACCCCUUCUUUUGUAGAGAUAUCAAGCGCCAAAAUAUCAAUAUCCACUGAUACCUGCCUUAACCUUUAUGUCGAUGGCUAUGUUCCAUUCGAUGUAACAUUUGACAGCGAUUUGAGUCCACUGGCUUAUAAAAAGAAUCAAAGUAUGUCGCUUAAAGUGGAUGAAAACUAUGAUGGUAUCAAAACUGGAUUGCCGAAACCUACUCUCCUGAAGCCCACUGUGGAACCUGUGCUUAUUAUCCCCGGUUGGAAGAAACGUGGGUCCUAUAAGAGCCCUGAAGUCUGUGUUUUCAUACACGGCCCUCAUAGUUCUAGCGAAAAGUCGUUACAGGAUAUAGCACAACUCUACUGCUCCUGCAACUAUCCACAAUAUGUAAAGCCUAUAUUUUUUGGUUGGCCUCCUUUUUGUAGCGUGUCCAAGAAGGAUUCACCGAAAUAUGAAGAGUCAUUAGACGGCUGCAAGGAAGCUUUAGAGCGGUUUUUGAGAGCACUGUUGAUGAACAGUAUAACUGAUAUACACUUGGUAGUGGACACCAGUGCCGUGUCUAUAUUCCUGGAGACUUUUGCACUAAUCACCAACAUGAAAGAUUCGUAUUGUAUUUUCCGCGGUGUGAAUGAUUACAGUGAGAUGAGUGUGAAGUGUCUAAAUCUACUGACAGUCACGUUGAUGUUCCCUGAAUGCAAUAUGGAAAGGUUUGUUAACGCUCUCUACAUGCCUCUCAGGAAACACUGCGAUAUUGUUACUGUAUAUGGAUAUACAGCCACAUCUAAGUGGUGGAAGUACUUUUUGGAUCCAACUAAACAUUUCAUGUCCAAGAAUAUCACAUCAUUUUGGACCCAACGUAAGGCUGGGACACCUAAUAUUUCGAUGGACCAUAAGCUGUAUAUUGACGGGUCUCCUACGUUAGGUUCAAUUACAUUGCCUCCGAUAUCAACAUCCAUUCCAUCUGAUAACGAUUGUUUAGACGAAGAAAUUAUAUGGCUGGACGUGGAUUGUAUCGACGUCACGUGGUUGUCGUCACUAUCGACUGCUAGUAAAUGUAAUAGGUGGCAAUAUUGCAAAGAAAUCGCUGACGAUCUACGGGAGUUAAUAGUUUGUCGCAAGAGAGCCAAAGACAGGAUCACCAUCCUGGACCGGGUUGUUGGUAACAUCUGGGUCCACAAGUAACGGGUUAGAGCUAUCAAGGGAA